AUGGCGGUAGACAUGCAAUUUCAGGAUUUAGUCCAUAUUGACGUUGUAGAAUACUUACAAUCUUUAAAGGGCACUUGUCAGGAAGCAGAUAGACUUUGGUAUAACCUUGAUAUGGACGCAAUUGAGCACAUUCACAGAAAACUGCAUGACCAUCUAAGUGUACUCGAGCGCAUUCUUUCUUGUUGUGAAAAUUCCGGGGAGAUGGGAGAGCUAACAAGGUUUAUACACGAGCUUUUUUUAUCCGUAAAUAAUGUCUUCAGGCACUACAAUACCCUGCUUGAGAGACGUGACUUUGUCGCUGGUGAAGAAUAUCCAACUCCAGAUGUGACAAGGGAAGGAGGUAGAGGACGGCCGAGGUGCGCAUUUUAUUUUGUUUUAAUAUGAAAUUAUUCAAACGACCGAUUCGAACCAAGAUCCAUUUCUUAUAAGCCUACUACACUACACCUUUUAUAUAUGUCACCUGUAUCUUCCUAAUUGGUAGUAAAUCCAUUUCAGGAUCACAGGAUGCAGUACUCAACGUACCGCUAUUUACCUUAAUCAAAUCAUCAUAGCCAUAGGCGUUGUAGUCCAUCAUAACCCUUUUAACAGAUCAAGUUUGCUCUGUUUUGGUAACAUCCUUUUCAGAUAGAUUUGAGAAAAGAAGUCUACUUGACUGUACUCCUGUUCGUUAUGUACUUAGGAAAUGGCAAAAAAACUGCAUUAGGGACUGGUCAUUAUUUAUCAGGGGGGUGAGGUGUAAUUCAAAAUUUUAAGGAAUGAUAUUUUGUGACCCUACUUUGCCAUAACCUGGAAAAAUAAUGCCGCCCCCCCCCCCCUCUCUGUUGCUUGUGUCAGCAAAAAUGUACCUACCUACUACUACUAAACCCUGCAUUCAAUAAAUUUUCUAAUUGCAUUUUAAAUUUUCUAAUUUUCUAGUUGUGCUUUAAAUCAAAUACUAGAAUUUAUAUUAUACCAAUACAUAGUCAUAUAUAAAACUUUACUUUUUUCAAACUUUUCAUUCUAAGUUUAAAGGAUCAAUUUUUUUCAAUGCAACUCAAACAAAAUGUGAGAAGGCAUGUAUAAAACAGUUAAUUGAACUAAAACAGCAGACCCCCUCCCUGCCUUCAUAAACUGUCUAAUAUUUUAUGAACCCCCUUUUUCCUGGCUGAAAAAUAUGUGACCCUCCCCCCCUGUUUCCACCUCCCCACCCCUCCUGCUAAAUUAUGACCUUAGCAGGAGGACCAGUCCCUUAAUUUGGAAAAAUGUCUAAAGACUUAUCUUUUCAACUACAGGUAUGACAUAUCCAGAAAUCAACUAGUCCAAUUACAUGCGACAGGCAUGACAUGGACAGAUAUUGCCUCCACAGUUGGUGUCAAUCGAACAACAAUCUAUAGAAGAAGAUUAUCGCUUGGUAUGAACACAAAUCAAGCCUGUGCAUUUUCAGAUAUACCUGAUGAGGACCUUGAUGCUAUGCUCACCCAAAUAAUACACCACAGUCCUAAUGCAGGGGAAACGUAUGUUCAAGGGAGCAUAAGAUCAAGAGGAUUACGAGUACAAAGGUGGCGAGUUCGCGAAAGGUUGCAGGUCUGUAGUUUUGUCGUCCAGGUUAUGUAGGUGUCAACUCCAACUGUGAUCAUAGGCACGACUUAAUUAAUGAUUUAGAUAUUUUAUAAUAAGGGUUAGAUAAAGUCACUACCAGAAGUUACCUUGGUAAUUCUUCUUAGCACAACUGCUGACAUAUUUUCGACUGGAUGGUAAUGGUUUUGUAUCCAAUUCCCAUGUAUGCAGAAGGGGGAGGUUGCACAUGGAAUUGACUUAGAAAUACACUGUUAUUGUAUUCAAGUUAUUGAAGGCGAAUGUCCGUUCUUGUUUUUCUUUUACUGUUUUAGCAUCGGUUAGCCGAAAUAUUGAGGUUUUAAUUUUUUAUAGAUUUUAGAUCCUGUUGGAAGAGCAUUAAGAAGAACUCGUUUAAAAUGAAGGACGUACAAUGUUGUUCAGCCCAAUUUGUUGUGGUAAAGUAGCAAUCCAUAUAUACGACUGAAAUUUCUCCACAAAAUACCGCUAGCAUACAGAGAAGAUGCGCUUCGAAAUUCAAAAUAAGAAGCGUUUAUGUUCAUGCAUAUAAUUAUCUUCAGCCCAGCCAAUCUGUGCGUGGCUAUUAACUAUCCUUGAAGUGAUUGGCUGAAGUUAAUUAAUUAACAUACUAACAGAUACGUUUCACGCCACGUUGUAUAGCUCGUUUUCACGCACUCGUGUUCAAAUAAGAUACAUUAUAUGAACUGAGCGAACAAAAAAUCUACCAAGACACAGCAAAUAUUAACUGCAUGAACAAGUUGAAGAAAGACCACUUAUUGAAAUAAAUUAUCAAACAAUCGUGAACGAAAAAAUGUUUUGUAGAUUUUCUGGGUGGAUACCAGAUUUUAAGUUGCUAGCUAGUAUCCCGUUGGAAGACGCCGUAACUGUAGCAAUUAACAACCGUUGACAUUUUCAUUAAUCUUUUGAGCUUAAUUUGUCUAAUUAUAUUUCACUUUUUUCUAAGGCAUAUCGAUGGGAACCACAAACUAAUUUCGUGGCUAUUCAUACAUCAUGGCUGCAUAGAUGGUUAUAGCAGAGCCGUCAUCUACGUUAAAUGUUCCAAUAACAACAGGGCAGAAACUGCUUUGGGACUUUUUGAGCAAGGGGUGCAUAGGUUCGGCUUACCAUCAAGAGUCAGGGGUGAUCGUGGUGUAGAGAACGUCGACAUAGCACGCUUCAUGAUUUCUAAUCGUGGUGGUAACAGAGGCAGUUUUAUCGCAGGCCGAAGCGUGCACAACCAGAGAAUCGAAUGGUUGUGGGGCGAAGUAAACAGGAUUGUCAAUUCCCAUUUCAAGAAUCUGUUCACUUUUAUGGAACAUUUUGAAAUUCUUGAUGCAACAAAUGAAGUGCAUUUGUGGGCUUUGCAUUACGUUUAUAUGGACAGGAUUAACCAAAGUUUAUCUGAAUUUGUCUCUCAAUGGAACAAUCACAACCUUAGCACAGUUCAUGGGAGAACUCCGCUUCAGCUGUGGCACGCAGGCAUGAUCCAAAACCGAUAUUCAACACACAGUUUUGGUAUAAUGGACGUACCUGAUGAUUUAGAGGAAUACGGAACUGGUGAUUUCAUCGAAGUGGACUUUUCUGAUCUGGACAACAACGUUGUCGUUCCGGAAAAUGAAUUAAUUGUGACAGAUAUUAUGCUUACUCAGCUGCAAAUACUAGUACAACCAAUGACAGACGAUGGAAACAACGGCAUAAAUCAUUUUAUUAAUGUAGUGGACUUUCUGAGCGCAACUAUUUAA